AUGGACCGUCCUCAAGAUCUUCAAACACAGAACGACGAGCAGGAGAAGCCUUCUUUCUGCCUGGUGAAGACGACGAAGCCACGUGCGAAGAAGAUGCCGCUGGUGCUGAGACGCCGAUUGGAAGCGGAGGAGGAGUCCAAGAAGCAGUCGAACAAGAAGCAGAGGGCCACGGAGAAGGCUGAUGACUUCGACGCUGAUAUCACAGUCGAGCCGCUGACGGCGCAGGCUUCUGAACAGGAAACUCCGCCAGUCGAACCUCCGUCUGCCUGGCCUUCCAGAAUCUCAGUCGUCUUUGUCUCAGAGUCCGACACAAAGCUGGAAUACCCAAGCUCGAGCCAACUCGUGCUGGAUGCGAACUCAGCGAAGGAAUCACCACCAGUCCAAGCACAACAAGACCCUGAGUCCAGCUAG